AUUACAAACGAACAAUAAUACUCUCUCCGUUUCAUAAAAGAACAACUUGGCUUCUUCACUCGAUCUUGCAGAGGGAGGCCGCCAUGGAGAGCUCGCCGCCGCCGCCGCGGGCCAUCACCGUGCAGGUCAAGUUCGGCGGCCGCACCAUCCCGGUGGAGGUCCCCGCCUCGGCCUCCGUCGCCGACCUGAAGCGCCUCCUCCAGCCGCUCACCAACGUCCUUCCCCGCGGCCAGAGGCUCAUCUGCAAAGGAAAAGUUCUCGCGGACGCCGCCAGCCUGUGCUCGGUGCAGGUGGGGGACGGAUCCAAGGUCAUGCUCAUCGCCUCGCAGGGGCUCCAUCAAGGGGACGGCCCUAUCACUAAGAAUAGUAGCGCUCCAGCACCAAGAAGAGCAUCAAAUGUAAAGGAAGCCCAACCACAGAAGUCAGAUACAAAUGUCAGUAAAAUCCGACCGGAACGCUGGAAAUCAACUGGUAUUAUUGCAUUGUCUGAUUCCAGCUUGAAGGCAGUGCCUGAAGAAGUAUGGGGUUGUGGUUCUUCCAUUAGAGUACUGGAUAUUAGUAACAACUCUGUUGAAGCAAUUCCUCAGGAAAUUGCUGCUCUGAAAUCUUUACAAAAAUUGAUCCUGACAGCUAAUGAUAUAGCCGAUGGGAACAUCUCCUGGGAAGGUCUAAUAUGUAUUCAAACAUUGACAGUUCUGUUGUUAAGCCAGAAUCGGCUGGUCGCUUUACCUUCAAGUUUGGGCUCGAUGACUCAUCUACGUGAACUUCGUAUUGCAAAUAACAGGCUUGAGACCUUACCUGUUGAAAUAGGAUUACUGAAGCAUCUGGAGAUUCUGAUAGCAAGUAAUAAUAGGAUAUCUUCGUUACCUUCAUCUAUAGGAGACUGUGAAUCUCUCAACGAGGUUGAUUUGUCUUCAAAUCUUUUGGCUGAACUGCCAGAGGCUUUUGGAAACCUUCAAAAUCUCAAGGUUUUGAGUCUAAGGAACAAUGGUCUCACAUCCCUACCUUCAGCAUUUUUCACAAAGUGCCGGCUGCUCAUUACACUUGAUCUCCAUGGCACUGAAAUCACAAACGAUGUUCUUCGGCAGGUCGAUGGUUGGGAGGAGUUCGACGAACGUCGGAGGAAGAAACAUCAAAAGCAACUCGAUUUCCGGGUGGGAUCAUCAGGUGUCUUCGAUGAAGGUGCAGAUGACGAUCGCAGGCGUUCAUAAAUAAUCUAUCUGGAUAAGAUUGUGUAUCUGUGCUUCAUCUAUUUUUUAAGAGUAAAUUGCUGGUUAGUCCAACCAUUAUUAUCAAAGUGUCACAUUGGACUGCCUCUAACUCAAUCUUUCACUUAAAGUC